CCCGGCUGCCCCCUCCCAGCCCUGGGCUCCCUGGGCCUUGGCUGCUCCAGCGCAGGAGGGCGUGCGCCGCCACCUGCAAAAUGAGGCCUUUCUUUAGAACAUGUAAAACGUGCUACCAGGUGAAAGGUACUUGGAAUACGAGACCGGCACGGAUGAAGAGGGACGUCUGAGUCAGACUCUUGCUAUUUCCUUGUGCAACUGGACUGAACAGAGAAAAAUCAAGCUUUACAAAGAGGAAAUGGAAAGGCAGGGAGGGCAAAGAGCUUCUAUGAGCCAGGCCUCAACUCAGCGUUAGGAGGAACCGCCAGAGCUACAUUCAAGGAUGGUGUGGAGGGCAUCUAAGAAGCUUCUGGGACUUGCUCCAGAAAUUAUUGGCCAUCUCCAGGAGAAUUAUUAUAAUCUAUGUGUGGAAAAGUCCCAGAAAAUUAACUAUUUUAUAUUGCAUAAGCUCCAAGAAGUGGAUAAAGAAAUUGAAAAGGGGUUGGAAGGACUCACAUUAAACAUUGCUGGUAACAGUUGCUUAAUGCCAGUAGAAAGAGUAACAGGUGAAGAUUUUUGGAUUCUUUCCAGAAUUUUAAAGAAGAAUCUAUAUAUUAAUGGUUUGGAUGUUCGAUAUAACCUCAUAAGUGACGUUGGUGCAUACUAUGCUGCAAGACUGCUCCAGAAACAACAUAAACUCAUUUACUUAAAUCUUAUGUUUAAUGAUAUUGGGCCCGAAGGUGGAGAACUGAUUGCUAAAGCACUACAUAAGAAUACAACUCUGAAAUACCUCAGAAUGACUGGGAACAAGAUUGAAAAUAAAGGUGGAAUGUUUUUUGCUGCAAUGCUGCAAAUUAAUUCAUCUUUAGAAAAAUUAGAUCUGGGUGACUGUGAUCUGGGAAUGCAAAGUGUGAUAGCAUUUGCUACAGUCCUAACUCAAAACCAAACAAUUAAGGGAAUAAACCUAAACCGACCUAUACUGUAUGGUGAACAGGAAGAGUCCACAGUUCACCUAGGCCACAUGUUGAAAGAAAAUCACUGCCUUGUUGAACUACACAUGUGUAAGCAUAAUAUAAAAAACUGUGGUAUAAAACAGUUAUGUGAUGCACUGUAUCUAAAUGGAAGCCUACGCUACCUUGAUGUCAGCUGCAAUAAAAUAACUCGUGAUGGAAUGGUGUAUUUGGCUGAUGUACUGAAAACCAAUACUACCCUGGAAGUACUAGAUCUUUCUUUUAACAGAAUAGAAAAUGCAGGAGCAAAGUAUCUCAGUGAAACUCUUGCUUCACACAACAGGAGUCUUAAAGCGCUGUCAGUAGUCAGCAACAACAUAGAGGGAGAAGGCCUUGUUGCACUUUCGCAGUCAAUGAAAAUAAACCCCACCCUCUCAAAUGUCUACAUUUGGGGAAACAAAUUUGAUGAGGCUACAUGUGUGGCAUAUUCAGAGUUAAUGCAAAUGGGCCGUCUAAAACCAGACAAUACAGACGUGGAGGCAUUUGUGGUGGAUGGACAUGUGUAUCUUGCAGAAGUCUCGAAUGGCCUUAAAAAGCAUUAUUACUGGAGGCCAACUUAUGGAGCAGCUUGCAGGCACUCAGCUAAUGCAGGUUUUACUCUUGUACCAGUAGGUGGACAUCUAUGAAAAAACUAAAAUAAUUUUUACACAUUG